AUGGGAUCCAGUAGCUCCGUGGCCCGCGCCCAAAAGGGACCCGCGCUCUCCGCCGACCAGCGGUCCUCAAGCCUGGGUCUGCUCAACGAGACGCUUGCCACCUAUAAUGAACGCGCCGAGGACUGGCGACGUACCUCACAAGAGCAGCGCCGAGCCUCGGCCCCACUCACGGGCACCUCUUCUCACAGCUUGGGCAAAGCAUCACCAAGCACGCCCCCGGCUUUCCCUGAUUUACCCUCUGGCGGCCGACCGCGACCCUCCGUCAGUCUGCCCUCCAUUCAUCGACAGGGCUCCCUUGAGCUGCCAAAUCGCAAGGUCCAACGCGAGCGCUCCUCGGUAACAGACCUUCCUGCGCUCCGCAAAAGCAACCCUGUGGCACAGGACCCCCAUUUAAGCCCGGCACCGCCAACUUCCCACAGCAGCCCCAACUCAUCCUUUCGCACUCCAGGCGCUGCGGAGAACGUUGCAGCAGCGAGUCCUGGUGCCGUCAGCACGAGCAACGAGUCAGUCUUCUUCAACCAAGGCAAAAACAACACGCGUCGUCGCAAACCCAGCGUUGCCGGAACGGCCUCUUUUCUUAAGCGUGUGCCCAAGCUUUUGGAGCAAGCCUUUGAGGAGAAUCGUGACAAUCUCGAGGGAGUGGCGCCAGGCUAUUUUGAUGUCGAUCCUACCAUCGAGUAUGGCGUGGCGGCCACCCUGAUUGAUGGCGCAACCUAUCAAUACGGCUACCAGGAAGACUUUACCCUGCAGGCAGCUGUGUUGCCCAUUGUCCUCUGUUCGGCCUAUCGCCUGAUUGGCCAAGCUGGCGUUGAGGAGUACACUGGCGUUGAGCCGUCCGGGGCUAAUUUUGACAGCUUCUCCAUGAGCGAGGAUGGUCUUCCGCAUAACCCACUGAACAACCUUGGAGGUCUUGUCCUUUGCGCUCUCAUCCUACGUGAGGCUCAAACAGUGCCCCAAGCAUUCAAGCUGAUUCAAGAUCUGGCCAAGUGUGCCGUGGGCUCUUCCGGGCGCGUUUUCUUCGAUAACGCCGUCUACCUCGAGGAGCUGGAGCAUUCGGACCGUAAUCGUGGUCUGCUUCAUCAUCUUCGCGAAUCGCCCAAGAUGCAAACAUUGUUCGAAGUGGUCGAUAGCAAAUCUACGCUCGAGCUCUAUCUGCAGUGCUGUAGCCUGGCCACAACAGCCGCGGGCUUGGCCACCAUGGCCGCGACGCUGGCCAACUUUGGUUGGAACCCCUUGACGCACCGCUGGGUGAUGCCUUCGUGGGCGGCCAAGCUUACGCUCCAACACAUGUUGGCAUCGGGCUUGUACCAUGCCUCGGGCAACUUUGCUUAUCGCGUGGGUAUCCCGGCCAAGAGUGGCGUCUCAGGUGCCUUUAUGAUGGCGGCACCGGGUUAUGGUGGCUUUGCCGUGAUUUCCCCGCUCAAUGACGGCCGCGGCAACAGCAUCCGGGGCAUGCGUGUCGGGCAAACCCUGAGCGAGGCCGUGCGCGAGCUCCACUACAUGCAUGCCGUGCAGCGUGCGGCGGUGAGCAUGACUCGCAACAAGGUCAACAUGUCAGAAAACCCCAACUUUGUGCUCCUGGCUGCUGCAGAGGCCAACGCGUGCGAUCAGAUUUCGCGCUUGCUGGAGGAUGAGCUCGUGACGGACAUUGACGUCCGUGAUCCCCAGGGCCAGACGCCACUGCACCGUGCCAUUGCCAGCGCCAAAACCGACCACGCGUUCACAUCAGCUUUGGUUCAUGUGCUGGAUGAGGAGAUGGUUUUAUACGAGACACGGCAGCUGGGCAUUGCAGACGACCAUGUGUGGCGCAUGUGGCGGGCCAUCCUUCACAACGGCGUCACCAACGUGCGCGAUAUUCCAGAGCUGCCCAAGAAGCUGUAUCAAGUAAUCGAGGAGAAAUUUGCGCUCACCACCUCACGCCUGGUGAAGGAAGAGACCUCUGCAGACAACACCACAACCAAGCUGCUCAUCGAGCUGCAGGACGGUGCUCAGAUUGAAACGGUCAUCAUGCGUUAUGGCCGCUUUGAGCUGCGCAACUUUCCCGAGGACGCACAGAAAAAAUCGUCGGAUGGAGAAGUUUCUUUUGUCAGCAAGGAGCGUGCCACCGUGUGUGUGUCCUCGCAAGUUGGCUGCCAAAUGGGCUGCACGUUUUGUGCUACCGGUACCAUGGGGCUCAUGUCCAACCUCGCGGCGGGCGAAAUCUUGGAGCAGCUGUAUCAUGCCAAUCAAGUGGAGAAGAUUCGCAACGUCGUGUUUAUGGGCAUGGGCGAGCCCCUGGACAAUUACGAUGCUGUACGCUUUGCCGUCUCGGCCAUGACCGAUGUCCGCCGCUUUAGUCUCGGGGCUUCAAAGAUCAGCGUGUCAACAGUGGGCGUUGUCCCACGGAUACAUCAAAUGGUGGAAGAUAUGCCUGAUGUGGGACUCGCCUUGAGUCUACACGCACCGAAUCAAGAGCUCCGCGAAGAGAUUGUCCCGUCAGGUCGCUCUUGGCACUUGGAUCGCAUUAUGGAGGCCAUUGACCAUUUUCAGGAAACGCGUCAGGAGACAAGUCGGCGUCGACGCACACACAUUCUCAUUGAAUAUGUCCUCAUUGACGAGGUCAACUCGACUGAGGAGGUGGCUCAUCAGCUGGGCCAUCUGCUCAAGGACCGCGAUGUCUUGGUCAACGUCAUUCCCUACAACCCCACCGAUGUGCCACAUGAUUACAAGCCACCAUCCCGAGCCACAACAGAUCGUUUCAACGAGAUUGUGCGUAGCUACGGGCUUCGCACCAUCAUUCGUCAAGAGCUGGGCCAGGAUGUGAACGCUGCUUGUGGACAACUCGUGGUCCGCUCUCAGCGCGCCAAGGAAGCCAACGCCGCAGCUGCCCCAGCCGUGGGGGAUCUCGAAGAUCUCAUGAGCCGCAAGGGUAACAAGGCAACCGAGGCCGAGACCCGAGCGCGUGUGCGCCGCCGCAAGGCCGGUGCAAGCGAUAGCACCAGCCCCACUUCUGACAAGGAGGCAGCGCCCGCGACAACUACAACGGUCCCCAAGGCAUCGCAAAGCUCCUGGAGCUGGCUGAUCAACCAUGAUCGCUUGUUUGUCGGCAGAUCCGUGCCGCAGGUGUACCAUGACGUGUACGCUGCUGUUUGUCCUGCCGACGAGGGCCGAAUCACGUCCAACACCUUCCUUGCGAUUGCUUCCCAGGCCUCGAUACCCAUUGGGGAUGCCAAACAGGCAUGGCAUCUCUCUGACCCUUUCCGAACGGGUAGCAUUGACAAGUCUGGCCUUUUUCAGGCUUUGGCUAUGCUUGCACUGGCCCAACAGGGUAUGGUAUUUACGGUGGCAGCGGUUGAGGCGUUGCCUGAAUUGCCACCAUUGAAGCUUGAUCGUAUGGAGGCUUUGCGGGCGGCUGGCAUUGAGUCGGGCAAGAGGGCGGAUUAUACGUAUCGUGAGUUUGAAGAGUCUGAGUUUGUUCAAGUCAUGCUUGGCCAUGCCACAGGCAUGCUGAAGAAACAUACCAAUUACGAAGUUUUUUCCAAGCGCAAGUCUACAACUGUGUCACGGCGCUUCUCCGACUUUGAGCCUUUGGACGCCUAUCUGCGCAAGCGCUACCCCUAUCGCAUUAUUCCCCAGCUUCCUCCCAAAACAUUUGGGGGUGGCAAUAUGAAGCCCGAAUUCAUCGAGCAUCGCCGCCGCGGUCUCCAGCGCUAUCUAAUGUUUGUGGGUCGCCACCCCGUGCUGCAAGACGAUGAGAUCUUGACUGCCUUCCUGACAGACUCGUCCAGCGACAUUCAACUCAAGGUCAAAGACGCCACCAAGCAUGUGCGGGAAGAAUUUUACACGCAUGCUUUGGCGGCCGAGGCUAGCGAGCUGGUGCCUGACGACAUGGCCAAGCGCAUCGCAGGGCUUCAAACUGAGAUUCCCGAAGUCAUGGAUAUUGUUGGUCAGCUGAUGAACACGGCGCAGGCUGUGAGUGACAAUACGCAAGCGCGGGCUCAGUUGUGGCGCGAUUUUGCGGAGCAACUGCGUUCUUUUGGGGCAACACCCACGGGAAAUAUGGCUGGUGAAACGCGCUGGCAGGAAGCCAACCGCAACUUGAGGGACAUCGCGGCUCUGGUGGGCGGCGUGGCCGAUCGCGGCGACGAGCAGCGCUUGCGGGAGGAGGACGGCAUUGUCGACAACCUCACCGCCUUUUACGAAGUGGUGGCAGGCUUCAAGGAGACGCUGCAUCGUCGCAGUAAGGGAAUCGUCAAGGAUUUGUCUUCUUCUUCAAAGAAGCAGACCAAGGAGCACAGCAGGGCGAAUCGGCUGUCCACAAGCUCGGGCAGUGAUACAUCGGACAAGGUUGUGGCCGAAACGCGAGCACAGCUUGCUUCCUCGGCCACGGAAGAGCUGCAUCAAAUGAACAACUUCUCCAUUUACUGUGUGUGGUGUGAAGCUAAGCUGAUCAAAGCCUUCUUCUCCAAGAUCGGCACCACAUUGGAAGAGCUUUCUUCUUCACAAGCCACCGGCAACAAACAGCUCACUGCCGCCUGGCAAACAGUCCAUCCGGUGAUUGAGACACUGGUGGCAGCUCUCGACAAAACCAGUUUUGGCUACUAG